UUCCCUUUAACGUCGUGAUCUAUAUGAAAACUCGUUUCUCGUAUGUAAGAUUAAAAGCUUCAUAUCAUUAUGGUAAUGAUGUAUUCCCGAUUCCUGAUUUUGUUGUUAGUAACUGCAAUAACAGGUGAUUUGUCGUUUAUUAAUCCCGAUGGAGAAUGUCAAGAAUGUUCAGACGGUUCUGGCUGUGUUUAUAUAUGGCAAUUCUGUAAUGGUUAUAAUACUUGUAACAAUGGGGAAGAUGAACACGAGGAUUUAUGUAGAGAUUAUAACUGUACUGAAUAUGAAAGAAAAUGUGCCGACGGAUUACAAUGCAUACAUGAAAUCCGUUUGUGUAACGGACAGGCUGAUUGUAGAGAUAGAUCAGAUGAAGAUCCAGACUUGUGUAAAGCUAGGAAAUGUGAAAGUGGCUAUGUUAAAUGUGCUGAUGGCAUAGAAUGCAUUUAUGAAUCAAAUUUAUGUGACAGAAACAAAGAUUGCAAGGAUUCAUCUGACGAGGAUGAAGAUAUGUGUCAAGCUAGAACUUGUAAGUUUGGCAAGACAAAAUGUGCUGACAAUCAUCAGUGUAUUUAUAUACACGAGGUUUGUACUGGGAAUAUAGACUGUGAAGAUGAAUCUGAUGAAGCUGCAGUUAUGUGUAAAGAAUACCAAUGUCCAUAUCAUAGCAUAAAGUGUGCAAAUGGAAUAGAAUGCGUUAAGAUUGACAAUUUAUUGGAUGGCUAUGAAGAUUGCCGGGAUGGUAGCGAUGAGGACCUUGAGAAAUGGAAAGAUUACAAGUGUCCUGCCGGUUUUGUAAAAUGCAAAAAUGGACUGCAGUGUGUUUCUGCUCAUACAAUGUGUGCUGGUGGCAAUUUUAGUCCCGCUCCAAAAUGUACAGACGGUUCCGAUAACUAUACAGAUUAUUGUUCUGACUUCAAAUGUCCCUCGUUUUUUACGAAAUGUCCCAAUGGGCAUGAAUGUGUACAUCAGUCAAUGAUUUGCUCUGGGGAACAGAUGUGUAGCGGAAAGUCAGAAGAUGAACAACAGUUUUGUAAAACACAUACUUGUGGGGGCAUGAUGUCGAAAUGUGACAAUGGAUACCAAUGCGUGUUCGAUGACCAGAAAUGUGACGGCUUUGCAGACUGUUCGGAUGGUUCGGACGAAGAUCCAGAUUUAUGUUUAAAGAAUCGUAUUUGUCCAGUUGGAAUGGUGAAAUGUGAUGAUAAUGUUCAGUGUAUUUAUGAACUGCAGUUUUGCAACAGGCAUCCUCAAUGCACCGAUAAAUCUGAUGAAAUCCCAAAAACUUGUACAACAGACAGAACAUGUCCUACGGGAAUGUCAAGAUGUUCUAAUACUGAUACAAUGUGUAUUUAUGAUAAUUGGUUCUGUAACAACCAACAAGACUGCUUAAACAGAGAUGACGAGAAUCCAACUAUUUGCUUAAAUCGGAAAAAGGGAACCAUUGGAUUGCCUUGGCUGUCAUAGUAAUUUGAUAGAAUAGUAAGGAAAACAAAUCAGCUUGUAUUUUAUGACAUAAAAUAAACGUAUUAUUAAUUCA